AUGAGGUCUCCGGAAUUUCUCAAUUUGUUCCAUCUGAUAGCCCUGCUCGCUGGCGGCCUUUGUGUCUCUGCGAAGUCGAUAGCUAGCGCAGCCUCAGUAUGGCCCCUGCAAACAUUCAGAAGCACCCCGAUCACUGCUCCUUAUAUGAACGUUACCAAGAAUGGUAAGACAGAACCCGGGUACCUCUUCAUCUCGCCCUAUGAUUUGCUCCAAAAGACCGGCCACCCCAUGAUCUAUGCGGAUGACGGGGAGCUCGUUUGGCAUGGCCCGUUGAUGAAUGUAUCCGCUUUCCAACCCCAGAUGCUGGACGGCGAGCCCGUUCUCGCUUAUUGGGACGGUUAUCUCUUCACGGGAUUCGGCUUCGGCGGGAUCACUAUCCUGAACAGCUCAUAUCAAGAGAUCCACCGAGUCACGCUGUCAGGAGACGAUGAAAAGUACGUCACCAUCGACGACUCAAGGACUUACGAGUCCUAUCUCGACGUCCAUGAAAGCCAGAUCACGGAUCAGGGGACUAUACUCGUAACAGCGGUCAAUGUCACGCAGAUGGACCUAAGCUCCAUUGGCGGUCCGAAGGACGGCUGGGUUCAAGAUAGCCUGUUCUACGAGAUUGAUAUCAAAACGAACAAGGUCCUCUUCCGCUGGAGCACGGUCGAGCAUGUCUCCGAAGUACCCCUCUCAAACGCCGUGUUUGCAUUAGGCGAUACAGGGCACAGCAAAGAUAACCCUUACAAAUAUCCACAUCUCAACUCCGUAGCCAAGUACGGAGACUCAUAUCUCAUCUCAUCCCGCCUCAUGUGCAGCAUCUUCCUCAUCGAUAAGAACGGCAAUGUGACGUGGACACUACACGGCCAAACCGGCGGUGACUUCAAGCUUGGCCCUGGCACCCGCUUCUGCUACCAGCACGACCUACGCUUCAUUGCUCACACCGAGGACCGCAUCACUCUGCACCUGCACAAUAACGAGAACACAGCGUUCACUACCCACCCGAUCCUGACCACCGGCCUGAUACUGGAACUCGAUAUGCAGAACCGCACGGUAUCCCUGCUGAAGAAAUUCUGGGACGCAGAGGACCCCGUCUUCGCCCCCUCACAGGGCAGCUACCAGAGCCUGCCUAACGGCCAUGUCUUGAUGGAGCACGGCGCGGUCCCCAAGCUGGAAGAAUACGAUGAGAAUGGUGCGGUGGUCAUGAGAGCCCGGUUUGGAUAUGACUAUGUCAUGAACUCGUACAGAGGCUACCGCUCGGCCUGGACAGGGCGGCCCAACACAAAGCCUGAUGUGCUUGCGUGCCCGGAGCAAGGGGGGAUGGCUGUAUAUGUGAGCUGGAACGGAGCGACGGAUGUGCAGUCGUGGAAAGUCAUGACCGGCUCCGCGGAGGAUAAGCUGAGUGCGGCGCAGAUUGCGCCAAAGAAUGGAUUUGAAACGAAAGUGUGGCUCGAUAAGAUUUCAGAAAAGGUCACUGUCGAAGCUGUUGGGGGAGUCGGCCACGGAACCAAGUCUGAAGUAGUCACGGUGGGACAGGGAUGUUGA